AUGUCAUCUCCUGGUAAGCCGCUCAAGCGGUCACGAGCCGAGGAGGAUGAGCACGAUGCCCUCGUCGCAGCCGCCGUCGCCGAGAACCUUGCAGCAGACUCUGCAGCAGAACCGAAGGCAAAGAAAGCCCGCACCGAGGCCAACCGCUCUCUCUUCGUUCGCUCUCUUCCUGCGACCGCCACUAGCGAAUCCUUGACCGACUUCUUCUCCGAGCAUUUCCCAGUCAAGCAUGCGACCGUCGUUCUCGACAAGGCCACCAAGGCUUCCCGAGGCUAUGGCUUCGUCACCCUGACGGAUGCCGAAGAUGCUAUGGAGGCCAAGAAGAAGCUUAACAACAUGAUGUGGGAGGGACGCCGCAUUAGAGUCGAUGUUGCCGAAGCCAGAAGCCGUGACGGCAAGGAGAGCGCCGUUGGAGCGGCCGCUGCCGGCCAGAAGCAGAAGCGUACGCAGGAACUUGAGGAGGCCAGGAAACCCCCUAAGUUGAUUAUUCGCAACUUGCCCUGGUCUAUCAAGAACUCUGCGCAGCUGGGUGCUCUUUUCCGGGCUUACGGAAUUAUCAAGUUCGCCGACCUGCCCCAAAACAAGGGCAAGCUCAAGGGUUUUGGUUUCGUGACCCUCCGAGGACGGAAGAAUGCCGAGAAGGCCUUGGAGAUGAACGGAAAGGUUAUUGACGGAAGAACCAUUGCGGUUGAUUGGGCCGUAGACAAGAGCGAAUGGGACCAGGUGAACGGUACCAAAGAGGACACGGAGGAUGACGAGAAGCCGAAGAGCAAGAAGCAGAAGAAGGCUGCCACAAAGGAAGAGGAGGAGGCCGUCGAAGACGACAAGACCGGCGAGGAACCACAGGGCGCCGACGCCGAUCUGGAAAACUUUAUGAAGAACCACAUGAUGAACCUUGAGGACGAGGAGGACAGUGAUGAGGAUAAAGACAAGGACGAAGAUGAGGAUGAGGAUGAAGAUGAGGACCUUUCCGAAGAUGAUGAGGAGGAAGCAGCCAGCGACGCUGAGGACGACAGCAAACCCGCCAAGAAGACUCAAACAUCAACCGAUAACACCUCGACACUUUUCAUCAGGAACCUCCCUUUCACCGUUACAGACGACCAACUGAAGGAGCAAUUUGUCAAGUUCGGCCCGGUCAGGUAUGCCCGUGUUGUCAUGGACCGUGCAACCGACCGCCCCGCAGGUACUGGGUUUGUCUGCUUCGUCAACGAGGAGGAUGCGAAGGCCUGCAUCAAGGGCGCGCCGCGCACACAGCCCAAUGCCCUCCCGACCAAGCACUCCGUGCUGCAGGACGAUUCCGCUGACCAGGAUGGUCGAUACACUAUGGACGGCCGGCUUCUGCAGGUUGCUCAGGCCGUCAGCAAGGACGACGCUGAGCGCCUGGCCGCCGAUGGCAGUGCCAAAAGACGGGAGAAGGACAAGCGACGUCUCUUCCUGCUUAACGAGGGCCAGAUCGACACCAGGUCUACCCUGUACCAUAAGCUCACCCCCAACGAGAUCAAGAUGAGGGAAGAUAGUGCCAAGCAGCGCAAGAAGCUCGUCCAGAGCAACCCUACGUUGCACAUCAGUCUGACCCGUCUGGCCAUUCGCAACAUCCCGCGCAAUGUCGGCUCCAAGGAGCUCAAGGAGCUGGCUCGCAAGGCCUGCGUCGAGUUCGCCAAGGAUGUCAAAGAGGGCAAGCGUCAACCCCUUUCCAAGGAGGAAAAGGUCAGGAGUGCAAAGGAGGCCAAGGAGGGCGAGCACGAGCGCAAGCUGAAGCGCAAGGGUAUUGUCCGCCAGGCCAAGAUUGAAUUCGAGAGUCGCGAAGGCACUAAGGUCCCCGAGACGAGCGGCGGCAAGUCUCGUGGAUACGGUUUCAUCGAGUACUCAUCCCACCGCUGGGCGCUCAUGGGCCUUCGCUUCCUCAACGGCUACCAGCUGGAGAACGAGCAUGGCAAGAAGCAGCGUCUCAUUGUCGAGUUCGCCAUCGAGAACGCCUCCGUCGUAGCCCGUCGCAAGGCCAACGAGAAGAACCUCGACCGCAACAGGCAGAACGCUCAGAACGCCAAGGACGGACAGAACGCCAAGAAGGGAGGCGACGAAGGCAAGGAGCUGCCCAAGAUGGCCUCUUUGAAGGACAAGAAGAAGGGAAAGAAGGGCAAGAAGGGCAACCUGAACAAGGGCAAGAAGGAGGAGACUGAGGCAAAGCCCGAGAAGGUUGAGAAGGCCGACAGCAGGAAGCCCACGGGCAAGGUCGACCGCGAAGAUGUGAAGCCGUUGUUGAUAGCGAGGAAGCGUCUCAUGAGAAAGAAGAAGGCCUCUUCCCGGGGUUAG